AUGGAUUUCGGGACCAGUCUCCCGGAGAUUGUGCAGGACUCGAGGCUGGAUGUCCGGUUCGCAUCUGAAGGACACCGACGAUACACCAUCCACCCGCAGGCUGCCACCAGGCGAUCUCGGUAUGUCGAGGAGCGAUGGGUUCAUGAAAGAGUCCUGGGCCAAGGCGGCCAGGGCUCUGUAGAUUUGCAAGUCAAGGACAUGGGCAGACCUGGAACACUUCAGCACAGAGCAGUCAAGAAAAUCAGGCUCCAGCGUGGGGAAGCCCAGCAGUCAAAGAUGAUCCAGCGAGAACUAGAGGCUAUCUUCAAGUUUUCUCAGGCAAGGGCUAAUAUAUGGCAGUAUUCCGAGCUGUUCGUCCAGUCGUAUGGGUGGUUUGUCAGCGAUGGACUGAUCCAUAUCGCUAUGGAAUAUCAUGAGCUUGGAGACCUGCAACAUUUCCUCGACGAUCCCUCUCGGUGUCCAGGCAAGCGGUUACCGGAGCAUGGGGUUCAUGAUAUAUCACUUCAGGUGCUGGAUGCCUUGUGCCUUAUGCAUGAGCAGGGCUUCUCUCAUCGGGACCUCAAGCCCGCAAGCACUCGUCUCAGUACGCGCCCGUUUGCUGCCGAUAUGUGGAGUUAUGGCGAGACCAUAUACAGAAUGUUCACAGGCCAACCGAUGUUUGAUGGGGAUACCCUGCUCGACUACUGGCAGGGCCGUGCUUCUUUCCCUGAGGAAGCAUUGCGCCGGCUGAAGAUUAGCAAUGCUGCCAUAGAUUUCAUCAAAAAGUUGGUGGUCGCCGAAUCAGAGGAAAGAAUUUCGUCGGAGCAGGCAUUGCAUGAUCCCUGGAUCGAUGCGCCUCCCCCACAGCCACACCAGCAAUCUGAAUCUACUCAAAAGGACCAAACACUUGCUUUCCGCCCACGGCCUAAAUCUGAUGAAAACUCAAAUAUGUGGCCUAAUAGUUCAAGUACUGGAAUUCAGACGGCUAUAUUUUCCUCCACUGCCGGUUCAACAUACUCUAACUUCUGGCCAGAUGAACCUUCAACCACGGGAACACAGCUGCGACAGACAACUUAUUCUAAUCUCUGGCCUGAAUCUACCUCAACGAACCCAACCUCUUAUCCAGGGUCUACUCAUACGCCGCACCAAACUGGUCUGCCUAGCACUGGCCCCUCCACACAGAGCCGUUCGGCCUCUCAGGCAUCGACCGGCAGCAGUUCAGUCCACGCCGCCUCAGAUCCAGGAAUGCCCGGACCCCAUCACCAUACAUUAGAGAAGUGCCGAAAACUAAACAGCAAAGCAGAGAUAGCCUUCAAAGAUGAGAACUACCAGCUGGCUGAGACGGCAUAUCGCGAAGUGUGGAACAUAAAAACGCGGACCUUCGGAAGUGGCCACCCCGAGACAGUGGACAGCAAGAUGAAACUUGCAGAGGCAAUGGUAGAGCAAGGCAACGACCAGAAACUGAUUAUGGCCGAGUCAAUGUUUCGAGAAGUUUGGCAGCUCAGAAAAGCUACAUUGGGGGAUGAACAUCGCGACACGCUCCUCGCCGAGCAAAAUCUAGCCAGUGCCCUUAGUUGCUUAGACAGAGACGAUGAAGCCGAGGGAAUGUUCGGGGGGGUACUUUCAGCACAAAGGAGGACAUUGGGAGAUGACCAUGACGACACACUCAAGACUAUGGGCGGACUUGCUGACUUGCUCCUAAAUGGCGAAGAGAAUGACGUGGAGGAAAGGGUGGAAGAAGCGUCUGAACUUUUUGAACAAGUUCUCGAAAUCAGGCUAGAGUCACUUGGAGUUGAGCACGAUGAGACGGCUCUUGCAAUGCAAAGGACUUCAUCUGCCUAUUUCAAGGAACGACUCUUUGCCGAGGCCCAGUCUCUCUCUGAAAAAGCGCUGCACAUCAUACGUAGCAAGUACGGCAGGGAUCACAAGAAGGCUUUUGGUAUUAUGGAGGGGCUUGCUGGUACGCUUCACAUGCAAGGCAAGGCCGAAGAAUGCGAAAAGCUUCUCCGCGAGCUUGUCGAGGUCAAAAUACGCGUUUUGGGCGAGGCGCAGGCCGUUGACGCGAUCGACGACCUUGCAGAGCAUCUUAGAAGGGAAGGCAAGAAAGACGAAGCAGAGCAAUACUACAGAAAGGCUCUCCGUAUUCAAAAGAAUGAGGAAACGGUUGACCAACGUACCCUCGUCAUCAUGGAGGCCCUAGCGAUGCUGCUUUUCAAGCAGGGUAAAGAUGAAGAAGAGGCGAAAAGCCUGUCUCGGGAAGUCGUCGACAUUCGGAAAAAUCUCGAUGGAAUUGAGAAUCCCGCUACGCUUCACAGCAUGCAUGUCCUUGCUAAACUCCUGUCCGAUGGACUCUCUUGA